GCACAGGCUUGUUAUUCUGACCCUAGGAACCCUCAGGACAGACAUGUCUACUGCAAAGGAAAGAAAACAUGCUAAGAAAAUGAGAAACCAGCCCACCAACGUCACUCUGUCCUCUGGCUUUGUGGCACAGAGAGGUGUAAAGCACCAUAAUGGAGGGGGCAGACCUUUCCAAGCUCAGCAACAAGAGUCUCAUUCUGGAAGUUCAAGACAGCGACAAACUAAGAUGACCCCCCAUUUGCUUCCUGAGCCUGAUAUGAAUGAGCAGUCUUCCUCUAAAGUUAUGUUUAAGAAAAAGGGAGGCUGGAAAGCAAGUCUGGAGGGCACCUCUCAGGAAAUUCCCAAGUAUAUAACCGCUUCCACUUUUGCUCAAGCGCGGGCUGCUGAAAUCAGUGCUAUGGUAAAAGCUGUGACCCAGAAGUCUUCUAACUCCCUGGUGUUCCAGACUCUACCGCGGCACAUGCGGCGGAGAGCUAUGAGCCACAAUGUCAAACGUCUUCCUAGACGGCUACGGGAGAUGGCCCAGAAGGAGGCAGAGAAGGCUGUACAUCAGAAAAAAGAACACUCAAAAAACAAAAGUCAUAAAGCUCGAAGAUGUCACCUAAACCGGACACUGGAGUUUAACCGUAGACAAAAGAAGAACAGAUGGCUAGAAACUCAUAUCUGGCAUGCCAAGCGCUUUCACAUGGUGAAGAAAUGGGGCUACUGCCUGGGAGAGAGGCCGACAGUGAAGAGCCACCGGGCCUGCUACCGAGCCAUGACAAACCUUUGCCUCCUUCAGGAUUUAUCCUACUACUGUUGUCUGGAGUUGAAGGGCAAAGAGGAAGAAAUACUGAAGGCACUUUCUCAGAUGUGUAGCAUAGAUACAGGAUUGACAUUUGCUGCAGUUCACUGCUUGUCUGGAAGGCGCCAAGGGAGCCUCAUGCUUUACCGUGCAAAUAAAUACCCUGGAGGAAUGCUCGGGCCUGUUACAUUUAUUUGGAAUUCUGUGAGGGUCCCUGGUGAUCUGUGUGAGAGCAGGCAGCUCUGGAUCUGGCUUCAUCCAACUCUUAAACAGGAUAUAUUAGAGGAGAUAAAAACAGUGUGCCUGUGUUCAGAACCCAUCCAAUCAAAUAUCUGCAUCCCUGACCCACUUCUAACACCAUCCCUCGAGAAAAGCCAAUCUGAACUGGCUGAUAAGAAAAGUGGCAAGAAAAGAAAAAGGAAAGAUGAUGAAGAAAAUUUGAAAUCAAUUAAAAAAAUUAUUGGUGAUGGAACUAGAGAUCCCUGCCAACCAUGUUCUUGGAUCUCUCCAGCCACUGGCAUCAUAAUCAGUGAUUUGACGAUGGAGAUGAACAGAUUCCGGCUGAUUGGUCCCCUUUCUCACUCCAUCCUAACUGAGGCUCUCAAAGCUGCUUCUGUACACACUGAGGAAGAGGACACAGGGAAGACACCCCACAGCUGGUGGGUAGACACCUGUAAGAACCCUGAUAGCGUUUCCCUUCAUCGAAGACAAGAAGCUGUGUUUGAAUUAUUAGGAGGGGUAACAUCACCAGCAGAAAUUCCUGCAGGUACUAUUCUGGGCCUGACGGUGGGGGAUCCUCGAAUAAACUUGCCUCAAAAGUGGUCCAAAGCUUUGUCCAAUCCAGAAAAAUGCCAAGAUAAUGAGAAGGUUAGACAGCUGCUUCUGGAGGGUGUGCCUGUGGAAUGUGCCCAUAGCUUUAUCUGGAACCAGGAUAUCUGUAAGAGUGCCACAGAGAAUAAAAUCUCCGAUCAGGAUUUAAACCGGAUGAGAAGUGAGUUGCUGGUACCUGGGUCACAGCUUGUUUUAGGUCCCCAUGAAUCCAAGAUCCCUAUACUUUUGAUUCAUCAGCCAGGAAAAGUGACGGGUGAAGACUGGCUGGGCUGGGGAAGCGGCUGGGAUAUCCUGCUUCCGAAGGGCUGGGGCAUGGCUUUCUGGAUUCCAUUCAUCUAUCGAGGUGCCAGAGUUGGAGGGCUGAAAGAGGCCAUGGUGCAUUCACAGUAUAAAAGUUUGCCUAACAUCCCAGGAGAUUUUCCAGACUGCCCUGCUGGCGUUCUGCAUGCUGAAGAGCAAGCUAAGAGUUUUCUUGAAAAAUACAAAAGACGCCCUCCUGCCAAACGUGCCAACUAUGUUAAGCUUGGCACACUGGCACCUUUCCACUGUCCCUGGGAACAGUUGACUCAGGACUGGGAGUCCAAAGUCCAGGCCCGAGACACAUCUCCUGUAGCUCUCAGUAGAGAGGCGGGUGAUGCAAGAAGACUCGGGGAGCCGCACGCUGCCACGCCUGAGCAAGCUCCGCAGAUCUCAGAUGAAGCAGGCUCAUCCACACGUGACCCCAGCGAGCCAGAGACCAUGGACACUGAGUGUCAGGACCAGGGAGUGGGGGAAAAGGUUCCAGACCAGAGUCCUGGCGAGAACCAGACUGCUGCCAUCAAUAGUCAACUCUGUGUGCUUAGGAGUAGAAAAUUACUGAAGCAACUGUCAGCUUGGUGUGGGCCCAGCUCUGCGAACAGCCGGGCAGCCCAGUGGGCUCCUGGCAGAAGCCAGCGAGAACUGAGUAGAGAGGCUUGCCUGUCUGUCCUGGACCUCUUCCCCAGGGCCCUGGUAUGGGUCCACCUGUCCCUCCUCCAGAAAGGCAGCCCAGAGCCACACACCAUGAUCUGUGUCCCAGCCGAGGAAGACUUGCUUCAGCUCAGGCAGGAUCGCCACUACUGUGGGCCCCAGGAGCCCAGACACAACGAUCCAUUCAAGAGGAAGAUUGUAAAGCAAAAGGAGAAGAAGAAAAUAGUGAGGAGGCAGGACGGAGGACUCGCUCCUGCCGAGGUUGUGGAGGCCCCUGUGCAGGAGGCUCUGACGUUGGGCUUGUGGUCAGGCCCCCUCCCAGGUGUGAUUUCACACUGUUCCAGGGUCCUCCUUGGCUUCGUCACUCAGGGAGAUUUUUCCAUGGCUGUUGGCCAUGGAGAAGCCCUGGGCUUUGUGAGCGUGACAGGCUUGCUAGACAUGCUGUGCAGCCAGCCACCAGCCACAAGGGGCCUGGUGCUGCUCAGGCCGCCUGGCUCUCUGCAGUACCGAUUUGCAAGAAUUACCAUCGAGGUGUGACUGGUUCACUGCUUGUGAACACUGAUCAGUUGAUCGAUUGAUGGAUGGUAGCUCUGUUUGCCAAGUCACAGUGGGAGAGUCUGCCUUCCCUUCAAUUUCAAAAUAUCAUGUGUCAUUCCUUAGAAAUAAGAAUAAAAAAGCACACUUUAUGCAAAUAAUGAAAUGUUUAUACUGUUUCAAUCAUCUCAUUUGUUUCCAUCUUUCCUUGUCCUUGUAGCACCGUAAAAUUGUUUGGCAGGUAUAGCCAGAUGCUUUUAUGAUCUCUUGGUUUUGCUGAACAGUAUCAGAGACUCUAUCAUUUAUUGUCCCUCUCCCUUUUUCUGUUUUAGUUAGGAAUGAAGAGCUGUGGGGUCUCUUUGAAAAGCCUUAUACUCGUGAUAAAUUGCAGUAGCUGUUUAAUGACUUGAUUGUUACUGAAGAGGAAAUGGAACUACUUAGGUCUUUUAUGGGUCGCGCUUAAUUGUGUGCAGAAAUCAGCAAAUGAACAUCCUUAUGCCUUAAGGAAAGAAGA